UGGUAUCAGUCCUUUGCUUCAUCAUCAACAAGCAAGCACCAUCUAAUAAAAAAGCAACAAAAUGAUGAAGCUUAUCGUAGUCAUCUCUGCCCUCGUCGCUAUCGCCGCUGCUAAGCCUACCGUGCUGGCGGCGCCCGCGCCGCUGGUGGCGGCCCCCGUGGUGACGGCGUCCAGCUCGCAGUACUACCACCGCAUCAACAACGGGCUGGCCGCGUACGUGGCCGCGCCCGCCGCAUACGUCGCCUCCGCGCCCUACGUCGCUGCCUCGGCCCCAUACGUAGCAGCCCCAUAUGUGGCUGCCCCAUACUCUUACUCCUCUUCCCAUGGGCUCCAAUUUCUAACGCCCCAUUAUUAUAUCAAAACUGGUGACCGACGGAUGUUCGAUAAAAUGCUAAUAACGGUGUUACUACUGUCCUCAACAUGUGGAUAUGUGUAUAGUUCCGGAGUGGCGGUAGGACCUGCGUUAGCGCCGGUUGGGCCGCCCGUGGUCACCGCUGCCAGCUCUCAAUACUUUGAGAGAACGUUCAACAGAUUGGUGGCCGCGCCAGCAGUGCCCGUGGUUCCUGUAGCUCCUGCGGUUCCUGCUCCACCAGUGAUAGUGCAAUCAGUUCCUAAAGCAGUCCCAGUGCCAGUGCAACCACAACCAAAUUUAUCAGUUGAACCAAAUGUAGCAAUCGCUAUAGCGACGGCCCAAGCUGCACCUGUCGCAACUAUCCUUCUACCGCCCUAUCCGUUCGGACCACCGCCAGCAAUCAAUUUCAUCCCAUCAUCGCCACCAAUAGUCGUACCCGAUGAAGACUCUAGGACUGAACCCACCACUACGAGACAGGUCAACACUAAAGCGACAGUACGAGAGCCCGAGUCCACUACACCUUUACCGUCGAAUUCCGAUAACAACUUCGUUCAAGCUCUGCCGUCGAAUCAGAACAAUCAGAAUGUGGGUUUCAGUCAAUAUGCGCCACCACAAUUUCAGCAGUUGCCUUUGGAACCUCACAAUAAACCACAGAAGUUGAAAACGUCAGUGGAGGUUGAGCCAGUUCCCUUGACCUAUAUUGCUCCACCGCCGUUGAACCAGUUGCCAUUCCAACAAAUUCGCCACGUCCAUACUUUUGUGCCGCCGAAAACAAAAAUAAUAAUUAGGCCUGUAUCUGCGCCACUGAGGAUCCGCGGUCGACCCGUACGGAUCGUUAUGUAUAGAAGGAAGCCAGCCCGUUACACGAAACAACGAUACCAAAAUGCUUUGAGAAGGCCCAACUCGAGGGACAUAGAACCAACGACGUUCAGUCCCUUAGCAAGGCCUAAUACUAAGCCGCCAAGACAGUAAGAUGUUUUCUUAGUGUAAAUAAUGAGUUACUUUCACCUGUUAUAUAAAAUGCACUUUUGUAAAUAUGUUUGAGGAUAAGGAAUUAAUUAUAAUUUAUAU